AUGGUGACAAGAUUAUGGAAAUACCCAUUAAUUAAGGCAUGUGUUGCUGGUUCAACAGGAUAUUUGGCAGUUGGUUUGGUAGAUUCAGUUGAUUCGAGCCCUGUUCUAGAUGACGAUGAGAAAUGGAGAAAAUAUCGGUCUGAUUUCUAUGAAUUUUAUUUCAAAUUUGCGGAUAUUAUUGGUAAGCGUCGCUACAUCGAAGAGCAAUAUCGGCAGAACAUUCCCAGUGGAUCUUAUUUGAGAUGUGCUGUUGAUUCGUUAGAAAAGGCUCAUCAAAUUAUCAGGUUUGACAGCGAUGAUAGGUUACGAAGAAAAAUUUUGCGCAAGGCUCAUCGCUACGCAAUCAAAGCAGCUGCUGUUGAAGAAGAUGAGGAUUUGAGGGCUGAAACCCAUAAAUGGUAUGGUCUUAUCAUGUUGAAAAGAUCGAAAUAUGGAAACAGAGAAAAACGAUUACUAAAGGCAAUCAAUGAACUUGAAAAAGCACUAGUUACUGAUAGCAUUGAUCCGCAAAUUUGGUAUUAUUUAGGUGUUGCAAAAUAUGAGCUUGGUGAAUACCAGCAGGCUAUCGAUUGUCAUCUGCGGGCAAACAAACUGAAACAGAGUGAGUGUCCUCAAAACCAAUAUCAUCUUGGUUUAGCCCAAAAGCAAUUAAAUACUCCAAAAUCUCGAUUGGAUGCAUGUAAUGCUUUCAAGCAAGUUUUAACAAAACAUUGUGAUUCGAUCGCUGAUACUGUGAUACGGCACGCAGCAGUUAAAGAGUUCCGUGAAUGUGAGGAAUAUUUAUGA